AUGUACACACUACGACCACUUGCGUCCUGGCACUAUUUUCUGCACGCAUCGAUCUUCUUUCAAGUCCAUCUUCGAAUGACGCAUGGCACUGAGGGCAACUUUGAAGAAGCUCUCAAUACCCCGUCUAGCCUCUCUAGCCCUACCACACGAAAGAUUAAGCGUCUUGAGCAGAGCCUUUACUGGUCUGCAUUCAAGUCUGAGUGCGAAUUUCGCGUCGAGCUCCCUCUCCAACAGUCUGAAAUCAGUCUCACCGAGUAUCCCGAUCUGUUCCCCUCACCUCCUUCACCAAUACCAGAUAAUUCUAGCGAUUCCACAGCCACAGACGGGCAUACUUUCGCAAACGAAGAAGAACUAGAGCUUCGGCGGCAUGCGGUGCGGCUCUGCAGCGAGGAAGAGAGCUGGUAUUAUUAUUUGACGGAAAUUGCACUGCGGCGCAUCAGCAACCGCAUCGUCAACACCUUCUUCCGUCACGGACGAUCAGCAUGGAUCACAAACUUGAAGCCGUCGCUACGAAUGGCCAAGGAGUUCGAAGCGCAAGUUUCCUCUUGGUCGGCAUACUUGCCGCCAGCCAUUAAACACUAUGAGACUACUUCGGUAAUUCGUGCGCCACAUGAAGGAACUUCAAAUUCUGUUACACAGGAGCUCAGUUGGGCAAUUGACAACAGACUGUUAGAAAUGCAGACGUGGCUGUAUCAACCAUUUCUGUUUUACUUCAUUCAUGUUGCUAAGCCAAACCUACUACGUCGCAUGACAUCGUCCAAAAACACCGAGUCCAGCAUCAACAAUCUUCUCAACUCACCAAUAGCCACCCCGCUUGGCAUGGAAAGGGUUGAUGCUGUCGGAGCCCUACCAAAGCUCGACGAUGAGGAGGUAGAGCUCCUUCAUUCUAUGGUCGCUUCUGGCAUUGAAUGCUGCUUGAAAACAAUUGACGUGCGAGCCAGGGGCCAUCGCCACCAUGGUCUCUGGUAUGACCUGCGCAGCAUCAUGACGGCGUCCCUGAUUUUGCUUGCCAUCAUCAAGAGUGGUCAGGACGCCUGGAUUCCUGGUGGUGUGGACACUGUAUGGGGCGCAAGUCAAGGGCAGUACUGGACUGGGAGUCCAGACCAAAUUGGGGGCAAGAUUGGAAAGGUGCUGACACAGUUCGAAUUCUGGGCGGACGAGUCGCCAGAUCUAGUUGGGUACAAGGACAUAUUGGUGCAGCUUGUCCGUGAGAUCCGUGGAAGCUCCUCGUGA